AUGACUUCCAUCAAGCUGAAGACGCCGCACUCCGGCGAGUAUGAGCAGCCAACCGGCCUCUUCAUCAACAACGAGUUCGUCAAAGGCGUCGACGGCAAGACCUUCGAGGUCAUCAACCCCACCGACGAGUCCGUCAUCUGCGAAGUGCACGAGGCCACCGAGAAGGACGUCGACAUUGCCGUCAGCGCUGCGCGGAAAGCCUUCGAGGGCGACUGGCGCAAGGAGACGCCGGAGAACCGUGGCAGGCUCCUCGUCAAGCUCGCCGACCUCUUCGAGAAGAACCUCGACAUCUUGGCUGCUGCCGAGUCGCUAGACAAUGGCAAGGCCAUCACCAUGGCCAAGGGUGAUGUUGGCAUGUGCGCCAGCACCCUCAGGUACUACGGUGGCUGGGCAGACAAGAUCGAGGGCAAGGUCGUUGACACGACCCCGGAUACCUUCAACUACAUCCGGAAGGAGCCCAUUGGUGUUUGCGGUCAGAUCAUCCCAUGGAACUUCCCCCUCCUCAUGUGGGCAUGGAAGAUCGGCCCGGCCGUCGCCUGCGGUAACACUGUCGUCAUCAAGACCGCCGAGCAGACUCCUCUCUCCGCCCUCAUCGCCGCCGGGCUAGUGAAGGAGGCUGGCUUCCCGCCAGGUGUGAUCAACGUUCUCUCCGGCUUCGGUAAGAUCGCUGGUGCCGCCAUCGCCUCUCACAUGGACGUCGACAAGGUCGCCUUCACUGGCUCCACCGUUGUCGGCCGCCAGAUCAUGAAGAUGGCAGCCGGCUCGAACUUGAAGAAGGUGACUCUCGAGCUUGGCGGCAAGAGCCCCAACAUCGUCUUCGAGGACGCAGACAUCGAAAACGCCAUCUCCUGGGUCAACUUUGGCAUCUUCUUCAACCACGGCCAGUGCUGCUGCGCCGGUUCGCGCAUCUACGUCCAGGAGGGCAUCUACGACAAGUUCAUCCAGCGAUUCAAGGAGCGGGCGUCCCAGAACAAGGUUGGCGACCCAUUCGCGCAGGACACUUUCCAGGGCCCGCAGGUAUCCCAGGUCCAGUUCGACCGCAUCAUGAGCUACAUCGACUCCGGCAAGCAAGCCGGCGCGACCGUCGAGACCGGCGGCAACCGCAAAGGCGACAAGGGCUACUUCAUCGAGCCGACCAUCUUCUCCAACGUGACCGAUGACAUGAAGAUCGUGCAAGAGGAGAUCUUCGGCCCCGUCUGCUCCAUCUCCAAGUUCAAGACCAAGGACGAGGCCAUCCGCAUCGGCAACAACACCACCUAUGGCCUCGCCGCCGCCGUCCACACCUCCAACCUCAACACCGCCCUCGAGGUCUCCAACGCCCUCCGCGCCGGCACCGUCUGGGUCAACACCUACAACACCCUGCACCACCAGCUGCCGUUCGGCGGUUACAAGGAGUCGGGUAUCGGCCGCGAGCUCGGCGAGGCCGCGCUCGAAAACUAUACCCAGACCAAGACGGUCUCGAUCCGGUUGGGCGAUGCGCUGUUCGGUUAA